GGUAGCACGGUAGUUUUUUGUUGUUGGUAGAAAUUUUAAAACAGUUGCUGGCAACAUUAAAAUCCGUUCUUUCAUUUUCUCGUAGGAAAUAAAAUUCGGGAUGGCAGACGCGCCAGCAACUAGUGCGCCUAAGGCCAAGGCGCCCAAAACUAAGGCCCCUAAAGAAAAGGCCGUAAAGGCUGCCCCAGCGGCACCCGCAGAGCCCCCGAAGGCUGUGCGCAAAGUUUCAUCCAAACCUCGCCACGGCAGGCUCUACGCCAAGGCCGUGUUCACAGGCUACAAGCGCGGUCUGCGCAACCAGCACGAAAACACAGCUCUUCUCAAGGUUGAGGGAGCCCGCGACCGUGACGAUGCCAACUUCUACGCCGGCAAGCGUUGUGUGUACGUGUACCGUGCCAAGAAGAGGACACCCAUCGCUGGUGGCCCCCGCGGCAAGAAGACCAAGCUGCGCGCCAUCUGGGGCAAGGUGACCCGCCCCCACGGCAACUCCGGCAGUGUGCGUGCCCGCUUCAAGUCCAACCUGCCCGCUCACGCUAUGGGACAUAGGAUACGAGUGAUGCUGUAUCCUUCCAGGAUCUAAGAACCUGUUAUUUUUAAGCAUAAAAUAAUAAAAAUCUCCAAAAAAAUC